AUGAGUCAUAGAAUAUCGUCUCUAAACAAGAUAAAUUCCUCUCUGACUAAUUAUCAUUCUAUUGUGACAAAUGAUAACGAGAAUAAAGAAAGUACUAUUAUUCUCUGGUUUGAUUCCAGUAUAAACUCUUAUACAUAUAUAGAACAAACAAAUAAUUAUCUAGAAGAAAUUGACAUUUAUGUUGUCUUUCUUACUGAACUUGAACAAUGUCUCAAUUUCAUUCGAUCCAUUGAUCAAGAAAAAAUAUUUUUAGUUACUUCUGGUUUUAGUGCUACUCAAAUUUUACCACAUAUUGCUAAAUGUCGUCAAAUCGAUGUCAUUUUCAUAAUUUCUACAGAAAAAUCAAAAUAUGAACAUUUAACAUCUGUUUAUUCGAAAAUUCUUGGCAUUUAUACAAAUUUCGAUAUCUUAUAUGCAUCUAUUCGUGAAGAAAUUGAUUUUGUUAAUAAACAAUUACUAACAUUUAGUUUAUUUAAUCCACAUCAGAUAUUAUCAGAAUAUAUAUCGAAAGAAUCAACCGAAUUUCUUUGGUUUCAACUUUUUAGUCAUGUUCUUUUUCGUCUAUCACAUUAUCAACAAACGAAAAACCAAAUGAUUAAUAUGUGCCAACAAUAUUACUAUGAUAAUGUGAGAGAACAAAGAUUAAUCGAUGAAUUUGAACAAGAAUAUCGUUCAGAAGAAGCUAUUUCUUGGUAUUUAAAACAAUCAUUUAUUUCUAAACUGAUGGCGAAAGCAUUCAGAACUAAAAAUAUUGAUCAAUUACAUAUGAUUCGUUUUUUUAUUGGUGAUCUAACAGAAAACAUCGCACAUGAACAUCAAAAAAUUCUAUUAUCAAAUGAACAAAUGCUGACCGUUUAUCGUGGAGCAAAACUAACAAAAAAAGAUUUGAAGAAAUUACGAAAAAAUGAAGGUACAAUCAUCUCUAUAAACGACUAUUUGUCUGCUAGUCGACAUCGUUCAUCAGCUUUUGAUGUAGCUAUGAAACCAACCAAACGAACUAAUGUAGUAUCAGUAGUCUUCGAAAUCGAAUGUAAUAUUCGAGAACUUGGUGAAAAUAUCAUCUUUGCCGAUAUCACUCAAUACACUGGAUAUUCUGAUAGGCAAGAAGUAUUAUUCGAUAUAAAAACUACUUUUCGAUUGAAAAAUAUUCAACGUCUUGCUCAAAUAUGGUUAGUAAAACUAGAUGCAUCGAAUGAUGGACAAGAAAUUGUUACAAAUUACCUUGAAGAAAAAUAUAUUAAAACUGAAGAAAAAAGUAUGUGUAUUGUUUUUGGACGUUUAAUGUGCAAUUUGGGUCAAUACUAUCAAGCACAAAAGUAUUUUGAACAAUUAUUAAGAGAUCCUAAUGGAGAAGAUCUCGCUUGGAUUGAAUUUAAUCUUGGUCGAAUUCUUGAUUUUAAAAAUGAAUGCAAAAUGGCACAAAAAUAUUAUAAUCGUGCAUAUAAUCGAAUAAUGAAUGCUAAGCCAUCACGUUGGAAAGAUGCUGUGUAUAUGCUUAACAACCUUGGUAUUAUUUUAUAUAAUCAAAGAAAAAAUGAUAAAGCUCUUGAUCAUUAUCAACGAGCGUUAAAAAUACAACAGAAGUUUAAUUCUUUUAAUAGUGUCGAUCAUACUCAAAUUCUUAGUAAUAUUGCUUUUAUUCUAAACAUGCAAGGAAACACUAACGAUGCUCUUAACUAUUAUAAACGAGCAUUAAAAAUAUUAAAAAAAUAUCAUUCUUCUAAUAAAAUCGAUAUUGCUCGCAAUCUAAACAAUAUUGGUAAUAUUCUAUAUCAAAAUGGAAAUUAUAAUGAAGCCGCUAAUCAUUACCAGCAAGCACUGAAAAUACAACAAAACAUAUGUCCUAAUGGUCACAACAAUAAUGCUCAUAUUCUUAACAAUCUUGCUCUUGUCUUAAAUAUACAAGGAAAGUACGACGAGGCCUUUGAACUCUGUCAAUAUGUACUUAACAUACAACAAAACUUGUGUUCUUCUGAUCAUAUUAGUAUUGCUGGUAGUCUCAAUAAUAUUGGUCUAAUAUUGUAUAAUUGUGGAAAGUAUGAUGAUGCAUUACAUUAUCAUCAACAAGCUCUUAUAAUACGAAGAAAGUAUUAUCCGUCUGGUUCUAUUGAUACUGCUGAAAGUCUUAAUAAUAUUGGUAAUAUUUUAUAUCAACACAAUAAGUAUGAUCAAGCCCUAAACUAUUAUUUAGAGACACUUGAAAUUCAAGAAAAGUUUUAUCCACCUUGUCAUCUCGAUAUUGCUCUAUGUCUUAAUAAUAUUGGUUGUGUUCUUGAUCGACAAGAGAAAUAUGAUGAAGCCUUUCAUUAUCAUCAACAUGCACUUAAAAUAGAACAGAAAUUAUAUACAUCCGGGCAUCCUAAUAUGGCUUAUACUCUUAAUAAUAUAGGUAAUAUUCUAUGUCAACAAGGAAAGUAUGAAGAAGCUCUUGAUUAUCAUCAACAAGCGCUUCAAAUUCGAGAAAAAUAUUAUCCUUCUGAUCAUGUCGACAUUGGUGAUAGUUUGAAUAAUAUCGCAAUGACUUAUACACAUAUGCAGAAAUCAAAAAUAUCUCUUGAUUAUUUACAGCAAGCCUUGGCCAUAUAUGAGAAAAUUUUACCAUCGAGACAUACCAAUAUUGAAACAGUUAAAAGAAAUAUUCGUUGUAUCACUACAAAAAAGUAA